AUGCCGCCAGUUGAUGUGAUGGACCGCUCACAGCUGCAGGCAUCGAGACCGGCAAAGGUUUCAAAAGAGCAGCAUUUUGAAGCCUACCACACGCUCCGCCAGCGCAUGAAGAACCAGCUCAAGGAAGCAGCCAAAGGCCAGGGGACACGGUUGUCGCUAGACAACAUAGACGAGCUUACCAAUCUAUAUUCGAUACUAGAGCGCGACCACGUGAGGGACACCAAAGUCCACCUCGAAGACUCCGAGGUGUUUAAAGAAGCUUCGGGGUUUGCGGCAUUAAACGCAAAGAAUUUGCGGUUCGGAGACAGUGGGAUAGCCUUGAACGAGAGUGAUGUGCUCAAGCGGAUCAAGAAAUGGGCCGCGACAGACGAAGCGGUGGCGAGUAAUCAAGUGGGGAUCAACGGUUUGGAAGGUAUGGACGACGACGACGACGACGACGACGAUGACGACCCUAUUACCGAUGAGCUACCUUUUAACCAAGUGAAUUGGUUGAAGCUAGGAAGCCUUUAUCAUCAACUCAGUAAAAAGCCCGUGCUGGUGGAUUUUCUCUACGGUCCUUUGGCCAAUGAGAAACGCAAAGUGGCGGCACGUGCCCGCAACGUUGAUGACACUACACGAGUCAGCACGUCCACCACCGCCAAAUCAGUUGCCGCUAGAGAUAUUCAACACGAUGAGGAGAAAAACACCGCGUACAUGGUGAGAUUGAUAUACGAGACAUUUUUGAGCAAAGACGACGGCGACGAGAUUAGUUUUUACAAGUUCUUCAUCGAUCCCGACUCGUUUGCCCAGUCGGUUGAGAAUUUGUUCUACACCAGUUUUCUCAUCAAGGAUGGGCGACUAAAGCUCUCUGCCGGUGACGAUGGGCGGCCCUAUGUGAAAAAAGUGAGCCAGAAGGAAAUACAGGAGAACAAAUUGGACAGCAGUAAUUUGUUCUCCUCUCAUCACAUUGCCACUUUCAGCUACGAUGUUUGGCAACGGCUCAUAGAGGAAAAUGACAUCAGGGACUCUUUUCUUGGUCAUCGUGACGAAGUUGAGGACCAGAUGCCCUCUGAGGACUUGGACGACGAUUUCAACGAUUUCGAGUCUAGAACCGUUUUGAAUGAACUAAUACCGCCCAAUUCAGAUUCAUCCGAUAGCAGUCACAUAGAGGGACAAGUUAUCGAAGACGUAGAUUCUCAAGAUUAA